AUGUCGCAAAAAAUAAAAUUAAAUCAGGCUGUGCUAAAAGCAACUGAUGCUACAUUAACUGCAGACAAUUGGCAAAGAAUCAUGAAUGUAUGUGAUAUAGUGAGGAUGGACCCUGAAGAUAAUAGCAAAAUCGUGAUCCAAUGUUUAGAGAAACGAUUUGAACAAAAAGACGCAAAUGUCAUCUUAAGAACUAUUUCCUUGACAAUUGCCCUUGCAGAGAAUUGUGGGUCUAGGUUGCAGCAAGAAAUUAGUUCUAAACAUUUUACAAACAUCUUAUACAGUUUAAUAGAGAAUCAACAGGUGCAUAUCACUUUGAAAAAAGCUUUGGCCAAGUGUGUUGAACAAUUGGCAGGAAGUUUUAAAAAUGAUCCGUCUUUAAAAUCAAUGAACGAUAUUUAUAGAAAGCUUUUAAAGCAUCAUAGUGAAUUGUUAGGCAAAUCUAAUGAAAAUAAUUCUGCUUCCUAUACUUUUGAGAAAAAGCAAACAAAUAGAGUAGAAAACGAAUUAAAAGAGGAAGAUAAGGAGUUAGCAGAGGCCAUAAGACUAUCCUUACAAGAAUAUGAACUAGCCAAAAAGAAAAAUGAAUCUAUAUCUAAAAAUAUCGAUAAAGACAACAGUACUAUUGCCAUCGAUAAUAACAUGAACAAUAUAAAUGCUCAAAUAAGGCAAGAAUCGAUAAAUAAAAAGUCACAAUUAAGAAGAGUGAAAGCCAUGUAUGAUUUGAAUUCAAAAGAACCUGAUGAAUUAUCUUUUCGCAAAGGUGAUAUAAUUGUUGUAUUAGAACAAGUUUAUCGUGAUUGGUGGCGUGGUAGUUUACAUGGCAAGAUUGGUAUUUUCCCAAUUAAUUAUGUAACGCCUUUAGAACAAAAUGAUAUUGUUGAAAACACUAUACAUAAUAAAGAAAUGGAGACCAAAAUACUCAAUUCUAAAGAUAAGAUUGAUCAAUUAAAUCUUAAAUUACAAAAUUCAAAUGGCGAUGUCUCUAUACUAAGUGAUGAUUCUGUAAAUUCAUUAUAUGGGGAAGUAACACCAAUGAGACCAGAGAUAACAAAAUUGAUUGGGAAAUAUGCGGAUGAAAGAGAUAAAUUAGCGUCUUUAUAUCAACUUUUAGCUAAUGCAGAGGCCACAUAUAAUGAUAUCAUGAAGAGAACAACAUCUGCAUAUGUAAAUCCUAUGUAUAAUCAACCACCAGUACUAUCACAAUCACAAUUACAGUACAAUCCUAUAACUCAGCAACAACAAUUCACUAAUACUAAUAUUCCUCCACAACAAUAUCCUAAUUUCCCUCCACAACAUCUACCUCCAUCUUAUCAAUGA